CGCCGCUGCAAUGAGGACGAUCCGUUAGCGGCAUUGACUAUGGGACCAGAGGCAUGGGCGUGUGUGCGGACCCUGGGUCUUACCGGUGGUGUCAGGCAUUAAGCCGGUCGCGAUCAUCGUUCGCCACAAACAACGACAGCAUAGACAACAAUUCCAAUAUAACAAUAACAAAAACAACAGGAAAUACGUAUAUCAACAAUCAAACAACAACUUCACCGCAAACAACAGCAACAACAGCAAAAACAGCAACAGCUGCAGUAGCAACAACAACAGCAUCAGCAACAGCAACAACUAACUUCAGCUUGAGAACAAUUUGGAAUUCACUUGCAAACCGCAAAUCAACGAAAAUUCAAACAAUUGCUGAAAAUUUUGAGAUCAACCAAAGCAAUAGAGAGCAGUUGCAUUCCAGCAGUGAAGCGAGUAGUGGCUACAACAAAACCAACAAAAAGGGCCUACUAUUUACAAUCUACCAGUUUAUCACAUUAGUGCUGAUUUUUCUGGCAAAAUCCGUAGAUGCAAAUAUACCAGAAGAUGCAGUACACAUUACAGCGAUACUCGGCGAAGGUGUCAUCUUCAAUUGUCACGUCGAAUUUCCCAAUGAUCAUCCGGUGCCGUAUGUCCUACAGUGGGACAAGAAGGUGAGCGAAACGGGCUCCGAUUUGCCUAUCUACAUAUGGUAUGAAAGCUAUCCGGAACACAUCGAAGAGGGCUACAAGGGUCGUGUGUCACGCGUCUCACAGGACUCACCGUUCGGUUCGGCUUCACUCAAUUUGACCAACAUCAAGGAGUCGGAUCAAGGCUGGUACGAGUGUAAGGUGGUAUUUUUAAAUCGUGAUCCCAAGCAGCAUAAGAACGGUACAUGGUUCCAUUUAGACGUACAUGCACCGCCACGUUUUAGUGUUACACCAGAGGAUAUUAUAUAUGUUAAUUUAGGCGACUCAAUUAUUCUAAAUUGUCAAGCCGAUGGCACACCAACACCAGAAAUCUUAUGGUACAAAGAUGCUAAUCCCGUUGAUCCCUCGCCUACUGUUGGCAUCUUUAACGAUGGCACCGAGUUACGGAUCUCCACCAUCCGACACGAGGACAUCGGAGAGUACACUUGCAUUGCACGCAAUGGUGAGGGACAAGUCUCCCAUACGGCCCGUGUUAUAAUAGCGGGCGGCGCUGUAAUCAUGGUGCCGCCCACUAAUCAAACCAAACUCGAGGGCGAAAAGGUGAUAUUCUCGUGCGAAGCGAAAGCAAUGCCCGGUAAUGUCACCGUUAGAUGGUUUCGCGAGGGCUCUCCCGUACGGGAGGUGGCCUCAUUGGAGACGCGUGUCACAAUACGCAAAGAUGGUUCGCUAAUUAUAAAUCCCGUUAGCGCAGAUGAUUCCGGUCAAUAUUUAUGCGAGGUGACGAAUGGCAUUGGAGAUCCACAGAGUGCUUCGGCUUAUUUAAAUGUUGAAUAUCCUGCCAAAGUGACCUUUACACCCACUGUACAGUAUCUUCCCUUCCGUUUGGCGGGCGUCGUUCAAUGCUACAUCAAAUCGAAUCCCACAUUACAAUAUGUCACAUGGACCAAAGACAAACGCCUCCUCGAACCGUAUCAGAUGAAAGAUAUCGUCGUCAUGGCAAACGGUUCAUUGCUCUUCACGCGUGUCAACGAGGAUCAUCAGGGCCGCUACACUUGCACACCGUACAAUGCGCAAGGCACCCAGGGCUCGUCCGGUCCCAUGGAGGUGUUGGUACGCAAACCGCCCACUUUCACCGUCGAACCAGAGUCGCUGUAUCAGCGCAAGGUAGGCGACAGCGUCGAAAUGCAUUGCGAUGCCAUCGAAGCGGAAGGCACACAACGACCGACCAUCAAAUGGCAACGUCAAGAUGGCGGCGACCUAACCGAAUCGCAACGUACGCGCGUUAAAGUGUCCGGUGGCAAUAUUACAAUCGAAAAUUUACGUGGUGAAGAUUUUGGCUACUAUCAGUGUGUCGUAUCGAAUGAGGUGGCCACACUGAUGUCGGUGACGCAAUUAGUUAUCGAGGGUACACAGCCGCAUGCGCCAUACAACAUCACCGGCAAAGCGACUGAGUCUUCGAUUACGCUGCAAUGGAUGCCUGGCUACAGCGGUGGCUCCGAGUAUAAACAAGACUAUACGAUUUGGUAUCGCGAGGCGGGCGCCGCUGACUGGCAGACGAUUUCGGUGACACCGUCGGGCAGCACACAGGUCACCAUCAACGGCCUGGCCUCGGGCACUACAUACGAGUUUCAGGUGGUCGGUCGAAAUGUGCUUGGCGAUGGACUUAUGAGCAAGGUGAUGACGGUGCGAACAUUGGAAGAUGCCCCGGCAGCGCCACGUAAUGUCAAGGCUGCAACACAACCGCCAGAUCAUAUUUUCCAACUAAUGCCAGACGAAGCUGACCUUUUAGCGUAUUUUGACAUUUAUUUUCAUACCGAUUCGAAUGGUUCGAUCGUUUACUCACCGCCAAAAUUAAAAUUGAAAGGUCCGAAGCCCGGUCCACCGCGCAAUCUAACCGUCACGGAAGUCUCAAAUGGUUUUCUCAUCUCGUGGCAGGCGCCACUGGAGCGUGCCCAUAUCGUCAAAUUCUACACCAUCAAAUACCGCACCGAUGCCCAGUGGAAGACGCUAAAUCGCGGCCAAAUACGGCCCGAAGAGACCCAAUAUUUAGUUAAGAAUUUAGUUGGCGGUCGUACGUAUUAUUUUCGCGUCUUAGCUAAUUCGGAAAAAUCCUACGAGUCCAGUGAUGAAGUGAAAUUUCCGGUGCCGGCACGUGUCAAGCAUAAAGCGAUAACAGCCGGUGUCGUUGGGGGCAUCCUGUUUUUUAUUGUUGCGAUCAUUUUAUCGGUUUGUGCCGUAAAAAUUUGCAAUAAACGUAAACGACGAAAACAGGAAAAAGAGUUCAAUAUGGUAGCUUGCAGGAUAACCGAUGCCCGUAAUAUUGCAGCAAAUAAUCAUCAUUUACAUCAGCAUCCACAACAGCAGCAACAGCCACAUCAACAUACGCAUCAACAACACCAACUGCAACAUAAUCUGCAUAGCCGCAGUACGGGCUCACUUUCCGCUGGUCAAGUGCCUUUAAAAAAAUUUAAACAAACCCGAAUAUCAAGUCUAACCACGAUACUAAUUGCCAUACUACACUGGAUCUGGCCACCGGAUCGCUGCACCAACUGCCAUUCCAUCUACAGUGCACCCCAUUUGGAGGAGGAAGGCGCACGCGACCGCCACUCUGUAAGUCAAAUUCAACGCUCUGUCGACGGUCGUUUCAUCAUCUCAGCCACUAAGGCAGGCAGUCAUGGCAAACUCAAUGCACUCACCAAUGGCAAUGACAAUGCUGAUGUCGAUGAAGUGGAUGCCGUGACCACACGCCGCCAAAGUCACGCAUCACAAAACUCCUCCAGCGAUGAUGGCGGCUUUCUAUCGCGUCGUAAUUUCAUUACAGCGCGUGCCUCCUGGCGUCGCCCACUGGUCGCCUCACCCUCACAGCUGAGUUUACAAUCAGCUGUGGGCUCGGCACGUGGUUUCCUGCAGGGACUGGGUGGUCUGCUGCGUGUUGGCAGCAAUGCCGCCGUUGGUGGCAGCAAUGGCGGACUCACAGGUACUGCAGCGACAGGAAUUGGCGCCGCUUCAGGCAUGGGGGAGGAUGUGCCUGAUGGUAAUACGGGCGCACGCUACCAGAACAUCUAUCGCGGUCACUACGGUCAAAAUAUCUACCGCAACUUACAGCCUGCACAGCCGGCAAGUCGUCCGCUGCACAUCAACACGCUGAACGGCGGUUCGUUUCUCAGCGGUCAUCAGUAUCAUCAGCAGCAUUUGCAUGGCCUGAAUCUAACACCCAAUUUGUAUACACCCUCACGCAUAUCACGCAUCUUCUCCAGCUCACCGGCCAGCACACCAAACGAUACAUUGGGCAGCGGCACUCACCACCACAUCGGCGGUUUAGGUGGCGCUAGCGGUGGCGGUGGUUUGCUCACCUCCCCAUGGUCGAUGACUACGCCAGGCAGCGGACACCUGCAUCCACAUUUUAGCGAUCUGAGUAGCGUCUACCCGAGUUCAGCAGAGCGCUCGUUACCCACGCCCUCAGCGACCAGCGGCAAUCUGAGCCGCUAUCGCUACUAUGCACACGAGCUGCCAUCGUUGCGUACCAUACAGGAGGAGACGCGUCGCUACAACCAGCAGCAGCAGCAAGAGGAGAAACAGCAGCAGGAACUGCAAACAACAGAUGGGUUCGUGCCACUGCAGAUACCCUCACCGCCGGCCUGGCGCAACUACUAUCACACCCAGUUACCCUAUCACAGCUACCGACCACGCACGCGCUGGUACCCACGUCACUAUGCGCGUCUUUUCGGUCGCACGCAACCCGAACUCAUGUCGCCACUGCCGCAUCUGAAUCUCACGCUGCGUUCUGCCUCGGCUGGCGCCAUGGGUCUGGAGGCAUCACCGGAGUCACGCUCCAGCUCAAGCGGAUUUGGUUCGAAGAAUACCUCCAAUCACCCGCAAGGAUCUCAUCACUCAGGCAGCACCAGCGAGUGGCGGUUGCUGCCACCAUAUCGGCCGCCGCCACCGCCACCAGCUCACAAUAGCGCCUACUUUGGUUUGGCACCAACGAGCGCCCAACAGCAGCAGGCACAGGGGCAAGCACCAGCAAGCCACCACCACCACCAACAACUGCACCACCCCUCUCUAUUUAGUACGAACUCGCUACCCUACUAUCCGCAUUACAGCGGCACGACCAGUAGCAGUCUGCAACAGCAACAACAGCAAAGACCGCUGACGCCGCCCUAUACCAUGGAACACUGGCUGGGCAUGAUCUCAGACUUAAACGCGGCCACCGACAAUGUCAAUCUGCCGAAAUCGGUGGACGUGGGCAGCGUAGAUGGACACUACGAGUUUGAUCCUUCCACACCAACGCCCAGUGUAUCCACGCCUACAGGCGGCCUCCUACGCGAAGAUCUCAAUUUGCACGUAGACACAACCGGACAUCAUACGCUUGGUCCGCUAAGCAGUGGCAGCAUAUUCCACCACACGGGCGGCGCGCUUACUUCGGGAGCAGCAACUUACGGUGGCCCAAUGCGGAAAACACGCUUCUCGCGCUAUGACAACGUGGAAGCGCGCUUGCAAGCGAUGCGUGAGGAAUUCUACGAGUACCGCAAGCGGCAGGCAAUGCAACAGGCGGGCGUGGCGGAGUUGGAGAGUGUAUGCUGAUGUGCGCGAAUGGGCGAGUGUAAUGAGAGGUGUGUGAGUAAGGGGUAUAACUGGGAAAUUGAGUAUGUAGUUAUGCGGGCUGCUGUAUGUAUGUAGUUAGUUAGCUUUAAGUAGGGUUAGGCUAAGCCAAGGGUAGCGUAAAAUCAAACGCGUGACUGCAAACAGACAAUUAGUAGAGUUGGUGAAAACAACAACAACAAAAAGUUUAAAAAUAGUAAAGUAAUGCGAAAGAAUGUAAGCGAAGAUUUUUGACUGCCCCAACAAAAUAAUGAAACUCCAAAGGACUCAUGCGAACUUUCGAACAUUUUUGACGAAAAUUUUUACUUACGCAGCCAUACAGAGUAACGCCGAGUUUAAAGAUGAAAUUUCGCAGAAUUAAAAUUUACCUUUUUUACGAGCCAACAACCUUAACCAGUGUGGGAAUUUAAGCAAGCUUAACUCAAAGUGUCGAGAAUAAUUUUUACUCUAAUCCUGCAACAUUUCCGUUUUCUCUGAGAGAACUCGAUUGAGCAUCAAUUUGAUAUCAAAAAUUCCUGUUUCUCACUAUUGUACAGAGGAAAGUAAAUUUACUAGAGUUCUAGAGCCGAAACUUAAUUUGACUAAAUUCAUGACUAUGCCGAAAAUAAAUUGAAUAUCGUUUGAGCUACGCAAUGUUUUGAUUUCUAGAAUAAAUUUUAAGCCAGAUGGUUCGAAAACGUUUCCACCAAACUAAAGUGAUUUUUAGGUAAUUUUUGUCUGGGACGCAGCUUAGUCGAAUCGUCCUGUCUGUGAAGGAAUUUUGCUACCACGAUGCUUAUGAGCUGUACUAAUAAAAACUUUAAUGUGCUCAACUCUGCCCACUAUACUUGCCUUAAAAUUGACUACGGUGCAAUACCAACGAAGACACACCAAACUGACUGAUGAGUACACAGACAAUGACAUAGGCAUAGCUUAGCAGACACGCAAGCUACUUAUGUUUGAGGAAAUUCGAAGAGCAGUGAAUUAAAGAUGGCGUAAUGAACCUACUGGAGAAUCGUCCGCCGAAUGUGGCUCUCUGUGCUAAAGCAUCUGCCAAGCCAAAAUAUGCACCGUCUUAACACAUUGAUUGCAGUUAUUACCGAACACUGCCUAAUAGGCAGACGCGCCCAGAGAAUGGGAAUGACUUCUGCUGAAGUGGUUUUGAUGAGGAAGAGACGAUCUCGCACCUCCUGUGCUACUUUGGUGCUCUAUGCAGACGCAAUUUACCAUUUCAGUUGAAACAGAUUUGAAUGAAUUGGAAAUGCUCAGUACUGUGGAAAUCAGGCACCUUCUAAACGUUUCGAAACGUGCACACUGGCGUUAGCAGAGACUAGGACAAGUUCUUCACGCGGCAUCACAAUGGACUAUGAGUCUGAGUGUGAUCCACAGAGUACAACCGCUUCAGCAUAACCUAACUUAAAAAACGACAGCUCUGCAAUUCAUUAGCCUGUUCGUUACCUUGCAGAACACAGUGUCCCGACACGCUCAUAAGUCCAAGCUCAUUCCACUUUGCAACAAAGUUUAGCUUGAACUUCCAGUCGUGGACUAUUUUCAAAGUGGUUUCUAAGGACUCGCUAGUUACUUAGGCUGCGCUUCGCCCGCAUUGGCUUUGGGUAGAAAUCCCCUGUCGUCCAGCGCGCUAAGUUCACGUAGAAUGCUUCAAUGUUUCGGAAGAUGAUGACUUUGGCAACUAUUGCAUUAAGCACUUGAAAUACAGAAACUUACGCAGUUCCGACAUUUAAAAAAAAAAACUUUUUUAUGGAAACCUACAUUUAAGGUGUUGGUUCAAAGCAUUAUAGAGUCACUUAUUAUGAGGAGGUACGCAAAUUCCUAAGAAGCCACGAAGUAUAGGCGCGUGUUCGAGGAAAAUAAGAAAUAUUAGAGGUCUCCUUCUUCUUCUUAGCAUCGCAGUCUUUGGUGAAGCAUUGCUUCAUUCACAAUCUGGCGACAUGUGGCUCUAUCUGCGGCCACGUCCUUCCACCGCCGCACGUUUAGCUUUUCGAGUUCAACUUCCACGUCUUCGAGCCAUCGGGCGUCUUUGUCUUUGGCCUCUGGGACUUUAAAUCUUAUCACAGUUUCAUUAACAUUUUUUGCUAAUAGUUCCAGCUCAUGAUUUUAACUAAUUCGAUAGGUGCCGUCUUGCGGGUGUUUAGAGAUCGCUGCGCAUUAUUCAUUCAUCAACUCCUAGAGUUCCAAGUUCGACCAUAAGGCGUUAUUAUAAUCCGAAAAUAAUAUUUAUGUAGUAAAAGGCAAUACUCAGUUUGAGUUCAUGUCUUCUUUGUCUUGCGCUAAGGCACGGGUUCAUCUUCUCGUCAAUUCAUUUUCCCUCUCCGGCUUUCACCAACUUUCGUUAAGUUGAUUUACUCUGUAACUAAAUGGCGACCCACAACAAGCAUUUUUAUGCUGGUUUUAUUAUUUUAAAUUUUUUGUGAUGCAUACAAAAUUACUUUGUGCCCAAUUUUUCACCAUAGAGAAGAAUGCAUUGUUUCGCGUCGAAUAUGAAAUUGCUGUGAGCAUUUUGUCAAUAAUUAAUCGAAUUCACGGAUGAAGGAUUCAAAGGAUUUCACUGCAAAACAAAGUUAGUGGCAGUUUUAAGCUGGUACUGCCCAAGGAUUCAUGUAAAUAUUAAAUAUUAAGUCUACUCUAAAGCAACCGUAAAAGAAGGAGAAAUAUUUAAGUAAAACGAACUGUAGUGAAGAGGGAGAGAAUAUGCAAAAAUACAUAGCAAUUAUAAAGACAUAUUAUAAAUUAAUUAAGAAUUAAAAUAAAUUAACAAAAAGCAAAACUUUAAAUAAAUCAAUUUAAGCAGAAAAUUACUAAAUUUAUUAAUGCAUAUAAUUAUAAAUAAAAAAACACACAAAAAUAGUUAAUAAUAGCAAAUGAAUUAAAUUGAGAAAAAAAACCUAAAUAAAUAAAUAAAAAAUAAAACAGUACACGGACUCAGUUAAAAAAAUGUGUUACACAUUUGCGGUUUAACUUAGUUAAGUAAGAACAAAGCAAGAAAAAAAGGAAACAAAAACAAAAAUAAA